GGUCACAUGCUUCCUGUCAUCGGCGAUGCUCCACUUUGCAGCCAUCUGCAUCAAAUGCGUGCUGUACGUGAUUGCAUCACCCACCAAAAUAGCCAGAGAAGUCAUGGCUGCCAGGAGAGAACCGAGCAGCGAUGAUGAAUCUUAUGAAGUAUUGGACCUCACGGAUUAUGCUAGACGGCACCAUUGGUGGAGUCGAGUCUUUGGACGAAACUCUGGGCCUCUUACAGAAAAGUAUUCGGUAGCUACUCAGAUUGUAAUGGGUGGAGUAUCGGGCUGGUGUGCGGGCUUCUUGUUCCAGAAAGUUGGAAAGCUUGCUGCAACGGCAGUUGGUGGUGGCUUCCUUCUACUUCAGUUUUGGCUAUUCCAUGCUGGUAAAACCUCCCGUGGCAAUGUGAUUGCCAGCCAUGGGGGUUAUAUACAGAUAGAUUGGAAAAGGGUGGAAAAGGACGUUAACAAGGCUAAGAGGAAGAUAAAGAAACAGGCAAAUAAAUCUGUACCCGAAAUCCACAAUUUAAUUGAAGAGUCAACCGACUUUCUUAAGCAGAACAUUGUCGUAUCUGGUGGAUUUCUAGGCGGUUUCUUACUGGGUCUUGCCUCUUAAGUGACAGUGAAGCAGAAGCUGUGAAUUGUCUCUCAGUACUGGAAUCUGAGUGGAAGUGAAAAUCAAGAUGAUGGAAAAUACCUGUCUGCUAACAAAGAUGCCUUGGUUUGUGUUUUCUCUAGAGCGGGUUUUCUUAAAACGCUUAUCUAUAGGGAGUGCUUGCAAAGAUUUCAUGGUAUAGUCUGCGCCAUCAUCUAAGGACUGAACUGUGUUCUUUAUACCAGAUCACUACUUGUAUUGCUGUUUGUCUACUGAUAUUAGUUAAGAACAAAAGCAUAUUUCUGGACUUCUUCAUUCUGUUUUGUGGUUUUACCAUGGCUGUCAACAUGAUAGGUCUACAGAUGUUCGUGUUAACUCGUAUGUCUACUUUUUAUAUUUAUUUAAUGGUGUGUAUUUUUCUGACUAGUGCCAAAACAAAGUACAGUAAUUGGCAAUCAAAGGCUCAUCAGUGAAUGUUAAUCUAGCAAAAAAAAAAUUCACUGUGUGCAAUAGCUAAUUCUAUACCAGUAGACUCGAUAAAAGUUGCAAAAAUAAAAAGAAUAAAGCGUUACUUUAUGUAGAA